GGGGAGUGUUGCUCACUGAUACAAAGAACUUCUGUCAUGUGACCCAGGGGUAUGUACGGUAAAAUGUGAAAGUGAAAGUAAAUUUCUCCACUAUCGGAAGAGGAAGGCAAAAUGAAUCUGUAGAAACAUAUAAAGUGCUGCAGUUUUCACUUGGAUUGGGGGGCACCUAUCAGCACCCCACUCCGGGCCCUGACCAAGACUAAGGUUCUGGAAUCCAACAUUGGAUUGGACUGGAGAGGAAUAUCAACAGUGAUGUUGCCUAUAGCAACCAAUCAGAUCACCAAUCAGUUCCUAGGUAACAUCUCUAAAUAAGGACAAAUAGAAUUACUGCCUUAUCUGUGGGUCACCCAGGAAAGAGAAAGAGGUUCAUCGGUACAUCUGGUGUCGGCACCGGGGCCGUAGCAUUCGACUUGCCAUGUUAGAAAAUUCCCUCCCGGACCUGCAGAUGGUUCCUGCCACUGCCCAGGACUAUGACGAGUUUGUCUCCAUGUCGGCCGGUAUAUACGGAGGGAUGGAUUCCCGAGUGUUCAGGUACCUCCUGUGGCUGAAAGACCCUCUGCGGAUCAUGUUCCUGGCCAAGUCUGAAGGCAAAGUGGUGGGUUUUCUAUGCUUCAUGCUGGUAGACGAUGGUACAACAGCUGUGGCCGAUGGUCUCCGAGUUGCCCCCUGGAUGAGAGGCCGCGGGGUAGCCAAAGCAUUGCAGAAGUUUUGUCUUGACAACCUGCACUCCAACCAUCCGACGGUCACCAAAAUUCGUUUUUUGGGAACAAAAGACAUCGCACCCGAAGUUCUGACCAAAUAUCAUCUGCUUUAUUCUAAGGCUCUUAUCUCAGUGGUAAUUCCCUAUGAGCAGAUGGAGGAAAAAAUCAAGUUGCUGGAGGGUCGGAUGGAUGGUGUAUGUGGGAGAAGACCUCUUGUGGCCCUGAGUCCUUCUGAGGUUCUACAUCUGUUUGAGGAUCCCCGCACUACAGAGGGGCUGCUUCCCAAGGGGCUUCUCAUCCAGAGUUGGCUUCCUCUCUCCAUUCGCAGAUCCAACCUAGAGUUAUUGUUCCGACAAGGAGUUGUCUGGUUCUAUUCCCAACCCUCUGCUUCAGUUGAAUGUCUCGUCUCUCCCAAAUCCAGUGAUGCCAGUGAGGUCCAUGUUGCCCCAGACAUAACUGAAUCCAGAAGCCAUGAUUCAGCUCCUACAUACCAGGAACCUUCCUCACCCAAUGUGGCGCCACUCACGUGUUCCUCUAGCCUCCCUAGCCCUUCCACUCUCUCCUGCUCCCCCUGUGGGUUCCUUAGCCUGGGCACCCCUCCAUUCCCGGUGUCUAUAGGAGGGGGAAUGCUCCGGUUUGACAUUGACCUGUUUGGAACGGAUCCUGUAUCUGCACAAACCCACGUCCUACACCAGCUGAUUGAGAUGCAGCGAGUGCUCCCCGCAGGGACCAAUGUUGUUUUUUGCAUGUACGCUGAAACGAGCCUGUGCCCGGAGCUAACUCGCUUCUGCCAAGCAAUUACUCCUUCCCAUGCACUAGGGGAACAACAUUUGUUAGACAUAGACAUGUCAACCCUAGAGUCAUACCUCUCACCCCAGGCACAGUGCUGAAAAAUAUGUCCCCCCGUCCACUGAAUAUUCUUCCCCCUGUUGAUUUGUUGGUAAAGAGAUUAAAGGGCUCAUUUAGAACCUCAAAAA